AUGGCCUUGCAAACAGCUACUCCUCCAACUGCUCCGAGUGCCGAAAUGGUUGGUAAUGCAUUUGUUGAGCAGUAUUAUCACAUUCUUCACCAAUCUCCAGAAUUGGUCUAUCGGUUUUACCAGGAGUCUAGCGUGAUAAGCCGUCCUGAUUCCAAGGGUGUGAUGACAUCAGUUACAACCAUGAAAGGUAUUAACGAGAAGAUUCUUUCGCUAAAUUUCAAGGAAUUUAAAGCAGAGAUAAAGACCGCAGAUGCUCAAAAGUCGCACAAUGAAGGAGUGACGGUGCUGGUAACUGGAUGUUUGACUGGGAAGGAUAACUUGCGAAGAAAAUUCGCGCAGUCGUUCUUUCUUGCUCCACAAGAGAUCGGCUUUUUUGUUCUGAAUGAUGUUUUUAGGUAUGUGGAAGACCGCGAACCUUCAGAACUGCAUCCAGUUAACGAAAAUCAUGAUGCUAUCGCUGUUACUGUAACCACCGAACCAGAGCCAAUUCACGUUGCUGAUCCACCUCCACCGGACCCUGCGAAUUCUCACGUGAUAGAGCGGCGAGUUGUUGCUGAGAAUGCUUACGAGCCUUCUAACCAUCAUGAGACAAAGAUAGUUGCUGAGAAUGAAGACAUCGUAGAGGCUGAUUUUCAAUCGAAUGAGAAUGAUGAUUCCCAGGAAGCUUCAUCUCUAGAGGAUGCUCCGAAGAAGUCUUAUGCGUCGAUUGUUAAAGUCCAAAAAGGGAAUUUGGUAUCGGCUAAAGUGUAUGUGCCGACUAAGAAUGCGAAGAAGGCGGCUAACAGAACUGAGAGUCAAGUAGUUGAGGCAAUUGAAUCCGUUGCGGUGGCUGAAGCAGUGCCGGAUAGUGUUGGCAACCCUGAAAGUAAUGAUAGUUAUGAGCAAGUUGAAGGACACUCCAUUUACGUUAGAAAUUUGCCGUUAAAUAUGACGGUUGCUCAGUUGGAAGAGGAGUUCAAGAAAUUUGGACCAAUCAAGCAGGGAGGCAUCCAAGUCAGAAACAAUAAGCAGCAGGGGUACUGUUUCGGCUUUGUCGAAUACCUAUCACUAAAUUCAAUGACUAAUGCAAUCCAGGCUUCACCUAUUGCAAUCGGGGGACGUCAAGCUGUUGUCGAGAUAAAGAGAACCACUACCCGAGUUGGUGGCGGCGGUAUUGGAAGACCUAGGAUUCCAUCAAGAAGCGGCUUCCGAAACGAUUCAUUCAGGGGUCGUGGAAACUUCGGCGGUGGUCGAGGCUAUGGUCGAAACAACGACUACGGAACCCGAGGUGAGUUUUCUAUCCGUGGCCGUGGUCCACGCGGCCAUGAAGAAAAUUACCAUCGAGGAAGAGGUAGAGGCGCGGACCGGUCUAGUGUUUUUAAACAAAACGUCGUCGCAACCGAAUGA